UACGAACGGUCAUCAUGCAUUGGUCUGUUUGCAAUCCAAAGUUUAGUUAGCCUUAGUAGUCCGACAGCUUCAGUCGCAGACAGACAGGCUACAGCCGGUGGUCGGGACAAAAAGCUCUCGCAGACUUACGCUAGCUAAACGCGCAGUGAACUUCAGUUCAGGCAGUACCCAGUGGUGUGUUCGAAGCUCGAUAUGGCCGUCGCAGCUGCCCAGAAGAACCGCGAAAUGUUCGCCAUCAAGAAGUCCUACAGCAUCGAGAACGGCUACCCAUCUCGCCGCCGUUCCCUCGUAGACGAUGCACGCUUCGAAACACUAGUAGUCAAACAGACCAAGCAGAGCGUUCUAGAAGAGGCUCGCGCCCGCGCCAAUGACUCUGGCUUGGACUCCGAAUUCAACCAAGAUGGAGUUUACAUUGGAAACGGCGAUAACUCACCAACUGUUGAAGAUGGCACUCAGCAAGACGAAACGAAGAACGGUCAGCUUGCUGAUGCUGACGUAGGAGACGAUGCUUCUAAUGAUGAGGAUUACACUCUAACCGAAGAGGAGGUUAUCCUGCAGAACGCUGCUAGCGAGUCCCCGGAGGCUGAGCAGGCCGUCCAGCAGGCUGCUCUGCUGCUCCGCAUGCGCGACGGCAUGGGAUCUCUAGCCCGCAUCCUCAAGACCAUCGACAACUACAAGGGUUCCGUUCAGCACCUGGAAACGCGUCCGUCACAACUCGCUGACGUCCAAUUCGACGCGCUCGUUAAAGUCAGCAUGUCCCGCGUCAACCUGCUGCAACUCAUCAGAUCUCUUCGUCAGUCAACUGCUUUUGCCGGAGUCAACCUCAUGUCCGAUAACAACAUCUCCAGCAAGACCCCGUGGUUCCCCCGCCAUGCCUCUGAUCUCGACAACUGCAACCAUCUUAUGACCAAAUUCGAACCUGAAUUAGACAUGAACCACCCUGGUUUCGCGGAUAAAGAUUACAGGGAGCGCAGGAAACAGAUUGCAGAAAUUGCUUUCGCUUACAAGUAUGGUGACCCGAUCCCAUCGAUCACCUACAAGGACAGCGAGAACGCUACCUGGCAGCGAGUGUUCAACUCCGUGGUCGAUCUGAUGCCUAAACACGCUUGCAGGGAGUACAAGGCAGCAUUUGAAAAACUUCAAGAGGCUGAUAUCUUUGUGCCCCAUAGAAUUCCGCAACUGGAAGAUGUGAGCAACUUCUUGCGCAAGCACACUGGCUUCACUCUGCGUCCCGCGGCUGGUCUGCUGACCGCCCGUGACUUCCUCGCUUCCUUGGCCUUCCGUGUAUUCCAGUCUACACAAUACGUACGCCACGCCAACUCUCCGUUCCACACCCCUGAACCAGAUUGUAUCCAUGAGCUUCUUGGGCACAUCCCACUUUUGGCAGACCCCAGCUUCGCCCAAUUCUCACAAGAAAUUGGUUUGGCAUCACUAGGCGCUUCUGAUGCUGAGAUCGAAAAGCUGUCUACCGUUUACUGGUUUACCGUUGAAUUCGGUCUCUGCAAGGAGAACCAACAACUGAAAGUGUAUGGUGCGGCUGUGCUCUCUUCCAUUGGUGAACUGCUCCACGCCCUCAGUGACAAGCCUGAGCACAGGCCUUUCGACCCUGCCUCCACUUCGAUUCAGCCCUACCAAGACCAAGAGUACCAGCCAAUCUAUUACGUUGCCGAAAGCUUCGAAGAUGCCAAAGAUAAAUUCAGACGCUGGGUAUCUACCAUGUCUCGACCAUUCGAGGUGCGCUUCAACCCUCACACCGAGCGAGUGGAGGUGCUCGACUCCGUGGACAAGCUGGAGACUCUCAUCUGGCAGCUGAACACAGAGAUGCUACAUCUCACCAACGCCGUCAAGAAGCUCAAGAGCUCGCAUUUCGAGUGAAUACCUUACUUAGUACACAUGGUUCAGUGCACGCGGCCUCGCCGCAUUCUGUAUAGCUAGUGAUAUUAUAGAAUUAAGACUAUUGUUGGUGUGUGUAUGGUGUGUUUGAGAGUGUGGAAACCAUCUGAUGGAACUACGUUGAAAACCUUUUUGUACCUUAUUGUAUUAUUUAUUGCCGAGUUCAUUGCCCGGGCUUGGGAAACUGCACAAGCCUCCCGAUUGCCCAUUUACGGAGGCAGUGCGGCUUUUGCGAGACCUUAACUACUAGUAUUAUUUAUAA